UUUCAAUUUUUAAGUACUUACUUUCUCUGUUUUCCUCCAUGUUGUGAUUUCGCCGUUGACGUCUUGAUUGAUUGAUUUAUUUUAUCGGUCCAUAGCGUCACGAUGAACGAAGAAGAUCUGUACUCCAUACUUCAUGCAGAGGAGAUUGAGAAUUCCACUCCGACGAAGGCGACCAUUCGGAAUUGGUACCUUGAUAUGACCGCAUCUGACAAGCUUCCUCGUAUUCACGGAGUGAAUUCGGAAACUGGGGAGUUUAUUACGACUGGCCGCUUGAAGAAAAGACUGACAAAGCUACUAAUAAUGACUUAUGGUGGCACGUGCUACAAACUGAUGGAUCCGUGUGAUACGACGCGAAUGGCAGCCGAGGAGUGGUCUCCGGCUUUCAUCAAGCUUUUUAGCGUUGGCUUCCCCCCGGACUGGCGUACCUUUGUGGAAGAUGAAACGGUGCGAGUCAGAGUGCGACGGGAGGGUUUUGGGACAAAAUUGCCAACCCCAGACCGAACAGCUGUUGUUAAAAGAUCAGUGCGUCCAAAAAAGAGUAUUGCUAAGAGUCCACCAGCGCCAAGAAAGACAGCCAAUGUUGUGGAAGAAACGGUGCGAGACCAAGUGCGACGGGAAGGUGCUGAGAAAAAUUCAUCAAUCCCAGACAAAAAGGCUGUUGUUAAAAGAUCACUGCGUCCCAAAAAGAGUAUUGCCAAAAGUCCACCAGAGACAGCGAAUAUUGAGGAAGAAACGGUGCGAGGCAAAGUGCGACGGGAAGGUGCUGAGAAGAAGUCUUCAGGCCCCGACAAAAAGGCUGUUAAAAGAUCUGUGCGUCCAAAAAAAAGUAUUGCUAACAGUCCACCAAAGCCAAGAAACACAGCCAGUAUUGUGGAAGAAACGGUGCGAGUUGAAGUGCGGCCGGAAGGGGAUGAGAAAAAAUCACCAAUUCCAGAGAUGAAUGCUGUCGUUAAAAGAUCACUGCGUCAAAAAAAGAGUAUUGCUAGCAGUCCACAAGAGCCAAGCAAGACCGCCAAUAUUGUGGAAGAAACGGCUCGAGUUGAAGUGCGAGGGGAACGUGUUGAGAAGAAAUCAUCAGGCUCAAAGAUUAAAGCUGUUGUUAGAAGAUCGCUGCGUCCAAAAAAGAGUAUUGCUAACGGUCCACCAGAGUCAGUAAACACAGCCGAUACGAUUCCACCGCCAGCCGAGAAGCGUGAAACGAGAAGUAUGAAACCCUCGGUUGAGAAAGUUGUUUCUGGAAAAUCAGUGGAGACGGAAAAGAGUAUCGUUAACCCUCCACCGGAGCCAAAAAAGCCCGUAACCACACCAGCGAAGAAGCGCGCAGUGAAACGCUCGGUUAAAAGCGCUGCUGUCAGAAAAUCGGUGCAGCCACUCCAAGGUGUUGGGAAAAAAUCGGUAAGCCAAAAGAAGAAAGUUGCUGCUAAAAGAUCGUUGCAGCCAGUCAAAGGUGUUGGGAAAAAGUCAGCAACUCCGAAGAAAAAAGUUGCGGCUAAACGGUCGGUGCAGCCAAAGAAGAGUAUUGUUAGCAGUCCACCAGAGCCAACUACAGUUGUCCCACUGGUAAAGGAGCGCGCAGCGAAACGCACGGUUAAAAAAGUUACUGCUGGAAAACCAGUUCAGCCCAACCAAGGUGUUGGGAAACAAUCAGUAAGCCCAAAGACGAAAGUUGUUGCUAAAAAGUCACUGCUGCCAAAAAAGAGUAUUGUUAACAGUCCACUGGAGCCAAGAAAGACAGUUAUCCCACCGGCCCAGAAGCGCGCUGCGAAACGCACGGUUAAAUGGUACCAAAACGCCGUGGAGCAGGUUGUGCGUGUACCUUCCGCGAGAAAAAUGGCUGCAUCCGUGUUAUUCUCCCCUGGGGAUGGGCACACGGAUUUGCCGACGCCACACUGGGCAGACGCUAGCAUGGAUGACGACUUCACUCCCGUGACGUUCACUGAUUCCACCCGGACCUUCAGAAUGUCGGCCGGACCGAAAUCAGCGUUGAAGUCGGGUAAGAAGCAGUAUAUACCGUCCAACGCCGCGCAGGCAGCAGAUCGACUGCAUUUACGCAGCAUUUUGGACCAAGAAAAAGAGUUGACGAAGAAGCGUAAGAAAACGGUGGCUGCAGACGGAAACAGUUUACAGGCAGGCAGUUCAGUUUGGGGUCGAGAAAGGGGCAAACGUUUGAGCCGUGGUGCUUUAAAUCUUCCCGCCUUACCUUCGGAUGACAGUGAUUAAGCUUGCACGUACUAACGUAAGUACAGUAAUAUUGUGGACAGUAAACACUUUUGUUAGACGUGUGUAUUAUGAUCUUGAUCUUCUGUAGGAGUACCUGUACGACUUAGCUUCAUGUAUCUGGUGCUAAGUACAGGAAAAAUAUCGCUCUUGAUUAUGCCUGUCGUUUGUUAGCGGUCUUUAUUUCAUUGCUGUAGUUUGGUCAGCGGUUAGUUGGUCUUUGUUCUUUUCGUUCAAUUUUGAAUCAGUUAGCGUGCUCUACUAUGAAUAUAGAUAUAAAAUACGAGU